AUGGCAAAGGACAAACAGAAGCCGGGGAAAGGCUUUCCAAACAGACAUCUGCACGCUCGCGCCAGUUUCCUCUACCAAGCGGCGACCUACCUCACACUUCAAGCAACAUCGGCACCGCUGUCACCGGAGUCAGACGAGAUCGGUGCACACGAGCGGCACGAAAGUCUCAAUCCUGGUACUGGAAACCCCAAACAGGUCUGUCACCUCGGAGCACACCUUCGUGCUGUCUCACAGAAAGGCCAACUUCGCCUGUCACUGGACAUGAAGCAUAGUCUCUGCAAGACAUGCCAUGCUCUCCUUAUCCCUGGCCGCACAUCAACUCAAAACUUGGAGAACAGGAGCAAGGGUGGUAGCAAACCGUGGGCGGACGUUUUCGAGAUAGAGUGUAAUAUCUGCGGUACCAAGAAGCGCUUUCCUGUCGGAGCGAAGCGCCAGCAACGGAAAGACAAACGC